AUGCCACUUUUUGGCUGGAUGAAAUGGUCAAAAACUGAUUCCUACAAGCCCACAAGAUGUCCUGGAUCAGAAGUUGUUACAAAAACCCUGCUGAGGGAGUUGAAAUGGCACCUGAGAGAGCGUGAAAGGUUCGUGCAAGAGAUCGAAAACGAACAAAAAGUCCAGAAGACUGGCAUGGAUUACAACUGGCUCAAGAACUACCAGAACCCUCAAGCAACAAUUCCAGCUACUGAGCAACGGCAACUCGAAGUUCUGUGUUCACAAAUCCAGCCCUGCCAAACAGGAACUGUUCUCAGCAGAUUUCGUGAAGUUUUGGCAGAAAAUGAUGUCUUACCCUGGGAAAUAGUCUACAUAUUUAAGCAAGUUUUAAAAGAUUUUCUCACCACCAUUGAGAGAGAAAACCAACCAGAGCAGCUGGCAGAUGCGUGGAAUACAAAUUGUCCUGAACAUUUCAGUCCGCGUGGCGACAGCUCUAACAAGUCGGACAAGGAUGAAAUCCCCACUGUUUCAAGUUAUGUUGACAAAAACACACACAGCAUGUUUCCCACCUUCUCUCAUAGAAUCUGGAAUCUACCCUAUUACUACCCAUCAAGUUAA